AAAUAUUAAAACAAACAAAUAUUAAAACAUUUGAAAAAACUUUGAAACGAGAAGGAUUUGAUAAAGAAAAAUUAUUAUUUACAGAUGAUUUAGAAUCGACUUCAAGUUCAGAUUCUUCAUCUGAAAAAAAUGAUGAAACUACAAACAAUAAUAAUGAAAUAAAUCAAAUUGAUGAGCAAGAUUAUAAUUGGAAUCCAGAAGAUUUACUAAUGGCUGAUGAUGAUUA